AUGGUUUUGGGGGGCGCUUCGGACCGUUCUGCCUCGGGUUUGGGGGGUUUCGGGUGGGUUUUGGGUGGUUUCGGGUGGGUCCCGACUCUCUUUUUGCGGUCGUUCCGGGCCGUUCCCCUCAGGUUGGCCGCCACCUGCAGCUCGCGGCUGCUGCGCCGGGAGUACCUGGCGGUGGACGUGCCGCGCACCUGUGCCUCCGUGGUGUCGUUCGUGAAUGGUCGCAGCGGGUGGGAGGUCCCGCCCCCGCCGGCCGGAGCUCCGCCCCCCCGGUGCUCGCUGUACCUGGCGGCGAUGCUGCAGCUCGGGCUGGUCCGGGUGUACGUGCGGCAGUGCGGGAACCUGCUCGAGGAUGCCUCGCAGAUCCUGGACCGGCUGCACCGCGCGCGGCCCCCGCUGGUGGAGAUCGACAUGAGCCCCUCCCGCCGGACCCAGCUGCUCCCCGAUUCCCAGGCUCUGAUGGUGCAGCUGGAAUUGGCCCCUGACCCCUUUUUUGGGGUGAUGGGAGUGGAGCUUCCUCAGGUGGAGGAGCUCCUGCCCCCACCCAUUGAGAUCGAGUUCCCCCCAGGGCCCCCCGUGACGGUGUCCCCUGAGUACAUCACCCUGCGGGAACCAGAAGUUCCGCCGCUGCCGCCGCCCCUGGAGGAGGAGCUGCCUGAAGUGACCCCCAGAGAGCUGCAGCUGCUGCUCGAGGCUGAGGCCGAGGAGCUGCUGCCCCCGGUGGAGGAACUGGAGGAGCUGCCGGCGCCACCCCCCAUCCCCCGUGUCCCACCCCCGGAGGAGCCCGCCCUGCCUCCCCCCAUUCCGGAGGUCCCGGUGCGUCGCCGCAUCCCCCGUCGUCGCCUCCCGCCCCACAUGGACCUCGUGCCCCACAUCUCCCCCAAGCUGUUCCGGGCACAGCUGCUCCAGCCCCAAGCCCACUGUCAGCCCCUGGUGCUGCUGGAGCCGCCCCACAGGAUCCGCCGCCCCCCAAGUGAGCUCCUGAACGCCCCCACCCACGAUUGGCUGCCCCCGGAGCUGUGGGAGCUGUGGGGACGCUGUGCCCAGCGCCCUGCCCCGCCUGCAGCCCCGCCCCCGGAGCUGCCCAGCGACUUGGAGGUGCUUCGGGAGGCCCUGGAGCCGAGUCUGCCCACCCUGAUCUCAGAAGUGUCCCUGGAGCCCCUCGAGGAGGAGCCACUGGAGAGACUGCCCCCGGCCCCACCCAUUGUCCCAGAGCUUCCGGAGCUUCCGGAGGUGGUUGAAGCUCCUCCCGACCUUCGGAGGCUGAUCCUGGAGCACGCCCAGCACCCAGGGGGAUCGGAGCUGACGGCCAUGCUGCCCCCGGGGUCAUCCCGCGCACACGUGGCAAAGAUCUUUGCCCUCUGCCUCGAGCUCUGUGGUGCCCAUUGGGUGCGCCUGGACCAGCCUCGUCCCUACGGACCAAUCACUGUCUCGCUCCGCCCCCGUCCAGAAUAAACCCCGCCUUCUUCUGGCCUGUCCUGGGCA